AUGGCUGAGUGGAGGCCGCAGGGCGGCGCGACGAACGCAUACAUGCUCGAGUACGCACGGUCCAGCCGUUCCAAGUGCCAGGGCUGCAAGGCGCUGAUAGGCAAGGGCGACCUGCGGCUGGGCAGCCCCCUGCAGAUGCACGACGCCAUCACGUUCAAGUGGCGCCACUGGGGCUGCACCACCCCUGCGGUGCUGUUCAACAUGCGCGGCAAGGUGGAGCGGCACGGCCAGGCGCUGGCGAUCGCAGGGCUGGGAAAGCUGAAGGCCGAGGAUCGGCCGGUGGUGCAGCAGUCGCUUGACAGCGGGGUGCUGACUCCUGCCAAGAAGAACCCCCACAGGAAGGCGGCCAAGAAGCGCGGCGCUUGGGUGGCGGAGGAGGAGGAUGAGGAUGAGGAUUACGUGCCCAGGCCUGAGGACCACCUCUCGAUUCCCAGAAGGCAGGCCACCAAGCGGAGCAAGAAGUGA